AUCCAGUUAAUUUAAAUGCCUAGUACCUCACGAUAUUUCCUCUCCUUUAUCACCCAGUAACUGAUAAAUUGAAGUCUUGUGUGUCUUCAAUUGUAUAAAACUUGUCUCGCCACCCUUAAUUGGUAAUUAAUCAUGGCUGCCAUUCCAUCUCAUGAGCAGGUGUCGCUUAGCCAGGUCAGAAUUCCAGUUGAUAUGGAGGCACAUGCACAUGAAGCAGAAGACAACCAUUUUGACUACCAUCAAAGGGCACAGUGGCUUCGUGCUGCUGUGUUGGGAGCCACGGAUGGGCUUGUUUCUGUUGCAUCACUUUUGAUGGGCGUGGGAGCUGUCAAAAAAGACUUUAAAGCCAUGCUCCUUGCUGGGUUUGCAGGGCUAGUUGCUGGGGCUUGUAGCAUGGCAAUAGGAGAAUUUGUCUCCGUUUACACUCAGUAUGACAUAGCCAUAGCUCAGAUGAAGAGAGAGGAGAAAACAAAAAAUAGUGAGGAUAUGGAAAAGGAGAAGCUACCGAACCCGGUACAAGCUGCUUUCGCAUCAGCCCUUGCAUUCUCUGUGGGAGGAUUGGUGCCACUACUGGGUGCUGCGUUUAUAAAGGAGCAUAAAAUGAGGCUCAGAUUGGUGGUUGCGGUGGCGAGCCUCACAUUGGUUGUGUUCGGAGUGAUAGGAGCAAAGCUUGGGAGGACUCCUGUGGUGAGCUCUUGUGCGCGGCUGCUUGUUGGAGGAUGGAUGGCUAUGGCCAUUACUUUUGGGAUGACCAAGUUUAUUGUCUCCACUGGAUUGCAAUUCUGAUUCCCCCUUUUUCUUUUCUUUCUCUAUCCUUCUUCCCUUUUAUUAGUAAGUGGUUUUGGUGAAGUUCAAUGAAUAAGUUUGUUAAUGUGAAA